CUACAGAGUUUUCUCGGAUUGUUGAAUUUUUACCACUCAUUCCUGCCGCACAAAGCCGCGGUGGCGGAACCAUUACACCGUUUGCUCGAUAAACAAGCCCCAUGGGUCUGGGGAAAGCGCCAAGCCGCGGCGUUCCAGGCGGUCAAAGACCUCUUAGUCUCAAACGCGGUUCUUCAUCACUACGAUGAAAACCUUCCCCUGAUCCUGGCUUGCGACGCCUCUCCCUACGGGGUGGGAGCGGUCCUGGGGCACCAACUCCCGGACGGGAGGGAAGUGCCGGUCGCCUAUUACUCCAGGACUCUGUCCCCAGCCGAGAGGAACUACGCCCAGAUCGAUAAAGAGGCCCUGGCGAUCGUGGCGGGAGUCCACAAGUUCAACGACUACCUCUACGGUAGGCGCUUCACCAUUGCCACGGACCACAAGCCAGAGCUAUCGACCCACAAGGGGUGCAUACUCUGGGGGAGCCGGGUGGUGGUUCCCCCCCCCUUGCGCAGACAGGUGUUGGAAGAUCUCCACGAGACCCACCCGGGCAUCGUGAGGAUGAAAGCCCUGGCCCGGAGUUACGUGUGGUGGCCAGGCAUGGACGAGGAAAUAGAGGGGUGGGUUAGGAGGUGCCAACCCUGCCAGGAGUCCAGGCCCAAUCCGCCGUCCGCCCCGGUCCACAGGUGGGAGUCAAACGGGCGGCCGUGGUCCCGCCUCCAUUUAGACUUCGCGGGGCCGCAUCAGGGGCAACUCUUCUUUAUACUGGUAGAUGCUCACACAAAAUGGUUGGAGGUGAUCCCGGUCACCUCGACCUCCACCGCAGCAGCCGUCCGGGCGCUCAGAAGGGUUCUCUGCACACACGGGAUCCCUGACACCCUAGUGACGGACAACGGCACGGCCUUCACCUCCCGGGAAUUCCGAGAGUUCACCGAGAGGUACCUGAUAAGGCACAUAAGAUCCGCUCCCUUCCAUCCAGCCACCAACGGCCAGGCGGAGCGGAUGGUGCGGACCACCAAGGAAGCCCUAGGG